AUGGUUGCUGUUCCAGAACUCAAAAACUAUCUUGGUAAAGAGAUCAGAAUCGAGCUCAACGGAAAUAGAACUAUUCAGGGAAAAUUAGGAGGUUUUGAUUUUUUCUUGAAUUUAACAGUCAAUGAAUGUGUGGAAAUAAAGUCACCAAAGACGAAACCAGAAUACAUAACCCUUGAUUAUCUGAGACGGCAUAGAAGGAACAAUGAAAGUUGUUUGAGAGAGUAA